AUGGACAUCCAAGCACAGGCUCGGUCUAUCCUCGGACCAACCAAAGAUGCUGAGUUCUUAGCAAGCUUCGUCCGUGUCGGCGUAGGCGACGAGGAAGACGAAACCCCAGUGCAGAAAGCCUCGAUAAGUAAGAGAGGUCCAGCAUCCGCUGGGAAAGAGCCUGCACCUGACAUUGAAGUUGAAAAAAGUUCUGCAAAGGAGAGAAAGGAGUCGGCCAAGCCGAAGAAGAAAUGGAAACGGAAGCAAAAACGAGAAAGGAGGAGGCGAGAAGAAGAAUUGUACACAGAUAAAGACCGGGCUGCAGCUGUAGUGAUGGGUUCCAAGGAUAUUAAACAAUCUCUUAACCUAAAAGACAAAGCCGAAAGAAGUAACGCCCUGCAGUUACCUGUGGAAGCCGACGCCGGUACACUUCUAGCAUUAGCUAGAGCUGAAAUGAUGAGAGAACGGUACCGCACUGCUGUUUUAUUUGUCAAUAAGGCAAUUGAAUUAGCUCCUGAUGAGAAGCAGGCAUAUGUGGCCCGAAGCAAAUGCUACCUACUUCUGGGUGAGCCCCGUUCAGCUCUGACGGAUGCAGAAGCUGCUUUGAAGCUCGACCCCAAAAACGCAAAGGCACUGCUCCGUAAAGCGGAAGCUCUGUACUAUUGUGGUGAAUUCGAGAUGAGCCUCGUUCAUUAUCAUCGGGGAUUACGAGCAAGACCGGAUCUAAAUGAUUUCAGGCUUGGAGUCCAAAAAGCUCAGGAAGCUAUUGAAAAUACAAUCGGUGCUGUAAAAUCAGUAAAGAAGAAGAAUGGAAGACAGAGAUCUAAAUCGGCCAGACCCGUGUUAGGACAGCUUAAUUCCGACAAGGUCUACUUGGAAAAUUUAUUGAAGAACCCAGAUCUGGCUAUAGCCGAUAAGAAAAACGACAUCGUUCUCAGACAAGCUGAAGAAGCUAUCAGAUUUCUAGAGAAUCGAGAGGAGUUUUGGAGGCAGCAGCAGUAG